AUGGGUAAAGGAGGUGGUAAAGCACUAAAUGACUACUUUAAGAGAAUUAGGAAAAUGAAUGAUGGCUUUAUUUCCGUCAUGGAUGUGGAUGAUGAGUUUAGAGUUAGGAAUGUGUUUUGGGCUGAUGCACGAAGUAGGGCAGCAUAUGAGUAUUUUGGAGAUGUAAUCACGUCCGAUACAACGUACCUAACAAAUAGGUACGGGAUGCCGUUUGCUCCUUUUGUUGGUGUCAACCAUCAUGGACAGUCCAUACUAUUAGGAGCAAGCUUGAUUUUAAACGAGGACACAAGAUCCCACUCGGCAUUCAACGCAGGGUUGAAGACUGCCAUUCUGAGUGCAGUCUAUGAUACACAGAGUUGCAAACAAUUUGAGGAGAAGUGGGAGCAGUUAAUUCAUAAGUAUGACCUUAUUGAUAAUGUAUGGUUGCAGGGGUUGUACACCGAGAGGUCAUUUUGGGUACCAGUUUACUUGAAAGGUGUAUUCUGGGUUGGUAUGAGUACUACUCAAUGGUCUGAAAGCAUGAACGCCUUAUUCGACGGAUAUGUGCAUUACGGUACGAUAUUAAAAGAAUUUGUCGAUCAAUUUGACAAUGCUCUGAGGAAGAAGAUGAAUGCAAAAUUUAAAGAGGUCCAAGCAGAGGUUUGGGGGAUGCUUUUAUAUAAUCCUACACUUGUCAGCACAGAAGGCAGCAUUUCCACCUUCGAUGUUUUCGAAGAAAUUUCUACACCUGAUGGACAGACCAAAAUUGUGAAGUACAUAGUUUACUUUAAUGAAGACGAAUGCGAAGUUAAAUGCACGUGUGCCCUGUUUGAGAUGAGAGGGAUUCUUUAUAGGCAUGCAUUUAAAAUCUGUCAGAUGAAGUACAUUUAUGUGCUGCUAGAGAAAUAUGUGUUGGAUCGAUGGAGGAAAGACUUAAAGAGAAGAUACACACUGGUUAAGAGUAGCUAUGAUGAUUUACGAGUCAAUGCGAAUGCCCGACAGUAUGACCUCAUCGUUAAAAGAUGUCUAAGAUUUGCGACUCGUGUAUCUCGAAAUGAUGAGCAUGUGAAUGCAUUCUUUCAUCUGUUGGAUGAGUUUGAGCAGAAGGAGACUGCCAAUGAGAAGAAAGGUCCCGAUGGUCAAGAAGGCUACAAGGAAAAGAAUGAAGAAAUAGGUAUUACAUUUUUCAUUACUUACAGGAAUCUUUUUGACGAUGAAUCACAUAAUGUUGACCUCCCGGUGUCAGAAGUUGCUGCUACUGUUGACGAGGUUGUUAUCCUAACCUAG